AGGCACGCUUUAUCGCCGUACCCAGUGCGGAAGUGCCUGUUUCCGGUGAUGGCCCCGUUGCUGCUGUUGCUGUUGGUCGGGGCCGCGGCUGCUUCUCGGGGGGACCGGGAGCCCGUGUACCGGGAAUGUGUGGCGGGAUGUGAGCAGAUGAACUGCACCGGGGCCCGGCUCCGGGAUUUCCGGGCGGAACAGCCGCUCUACAUGAGACUGACAGGCUGGGCUUGUCUGGAUGACUGUCAGUACCAAUGCAUGUGGCACACUGUAUCCCUGUACAUCAAGGAGGGGUAUCCAGUCCCACAGUUCCAUGGGAAGUGGCCAUUCUCUCGAUUCCUGUUCUUCCAAGAGCCAGCCUCUGCCUUGGCCUCUUUCCUCAACUGCAUAGCCAAUAUCUUGAUGCUGCGGCGCUAUCGCUCCACCGUCCCUUCCUCUUGCCCUAUGUAUCACACAUGCCUGGCUUUCUCCAUGAUCUCCAUCAAUGCAUGGUUUUGGUCCACAAUAUUCCACACAAAAGACACAGCAAUUACUGAAAAAAUGGACUAUUUUUGUGCCUCUUCAGUUAUUCUUCACUCUAUCUACCUGUGCUGCAUGAGGACUCUGGGUCUGCGGUACCCUUCCCUUGCCAAUGUGUUUGGUGCUGUCCUGGUGCUCCUGUUUGCAUGCCAUGUCUCCUACUUGACCCUUGGGAGCUUUGACUACAGCUACAAUAUGAUGGCAAAUGUCAGCCUUGGCAUGGUGAACCUGGUCUGGUGGCUGGCAUGGUGCAUGAGGAGACGCUCUCACCAGCCUUACCUCUGGAAGUGCGUGCUGGUUGUGGUCCUAUUACAGAGCCUGGCACUGUUGGAGUUGCUGGAUUUCCCCCCUUUCCUAUGGGUGCUGGAUGCCCAUGCACUCUGGCAUUUCAGCACCAUUCCACUGCCAUUCCUCUUCUUCAGUUUUCUGGAGGAUGACAGUCUAUACUUACUGAAGAUGAACUCCGUUGUACUAAAACUGGACUAGAAUGAAGUGAGGGUGGAGUUCAUCUGCUCCAUUCCCAGGCUGGUCCCCACUGUGUGCCCCCUAUACGGAGAAUCUGUCCACCAUAUAGGAGACCUCUGGUUGGGUGCCACCUACUGACUCCGCAAGGAAGAAAGGGAGUCCCAGAAGUGCCUUAUGGUCAUAUUGGAAGUGAUUUUCCCAAAGGAGGGAAAACAAACACAUUAUGUACCUAUUAGUUAGGACAUUGCUCUUGUGUGAAGACUUUUAACUUCUACAGCCAUUCCUAAAUGUGGACUUGUGGUGAUAGUGAGUGGACAUUAUUUCCUGAUUGAGCCAUUGAUAUGAUUAUUUGUGAAAAAGAAGUGUUUUCACUAAAUGUAUAAUGUGAAGCUUUGAUCUACCAGAUAUUACCACUAGUGUUGUGUUCUAGUUGCUGGGGUUCUGGUAGAGAAAUGUGGAAAAUGCUUGUGAAUCUUUGGUACUGUGGUGGGUUCUGUUGCCAUACCAUUCGUGCUUUUCAUGCGUUGCUGCUCUCUUUAAUUUCAUUCCUAUCCCCGGGGGGAGGGGUGCAUGCGGUGCCUUAAUGUCUGUGGCAAAAGUACUUGUUUCUGUGCAAUAUAUGUCAGCCUUUUCUGUUUGACACAUCUUUUUCUUAUAACAAGAAACUGAAAAUAUAUAUAAAAAAUGGUUGAAAAUUUA